AUGGGAUUGGAAAGCUUGAAACCAAAGCUAGAAGAUGUUUCCUUGGAGAUGAAGAAAGCAUAUGAUGCUGAUCGGUCUCGAGUCCAGCAACUCGAGGAACGCUUCAAGAAUAUUGAGCUGAUGGAAUCAGGUUUGAAGAUGGACAGUUUGAAGUCAAAGCUUAAGAGGGUUUCCUUGGAGAUGAAGAAAGCAAAAGCUGAUGGGUCUCUAGUCCAAAAACUUGAGGAACGCCUCAAGAAUCUCGAGGUAAUGGAAUUGGGAUUUAAGAUAGAUUGUUUAAAGUCGAAGUUUGAGGAGGAUUCCUUGGAGAGGAAUCAAUCAUAUGAUGCUGAUGGAUCUCGGGUCAAACAACUCGAGGAAAGCGUUAAGAAUCUUGAGAAGAUUGUGUUUGAACUCAAAGUUGAACUGGCAAGAAGAAGGACAAAUCUUCUGCUGAUGGAUUUUUGUUGGUCGACGAGGUUGCUUGAUAUAGAAAUCAAGUUGCUAGUAUUAUUAAUUAACAACCUUUGGCCUUGA